AUGGAUUUCGGAAGCGAUAGUGAAGAAACAAAGUCAAAUGGAUGUAAUGAAGAUUAAAAUCUUUAAGAUAUCUAAAUGGAAGAAAUAUAGAGAAAUUAAUAGAGCUCAUAGUAAAGCAGUUCGUAUGUCUAAAACUCUUAAAUGGAAAUACAGAAAGUAAACUUGUAAGAAGACAUUCCGUCUUGGAAUCUUACUUAAGUUGCUCCAUAAAAAAUUCAAGAGUAACUUGAAAGCUAAUUAAAAGACCUUCUUAAAUAACUAGAUUUAGAAAAUGAAAGCUACAUUUAAUCUGAGAUCUAAGAUACACUUGAUUAAAUUGAAAAUUGUAAAAAGAGAAAUCAACAAAAUAAAUUGCUUGAAAAAUAAGACCUUCUUAAAAAACUGAGAUAAGCUGAAUAAUUUGUGUAAAAAUUAAAAGAUUUGAAGUAGUAAACUGAAGGUUCCUAAAAAUAAACUUAAUAAUAAUAAGUUGAAAAUUAAUUAAAUUAACUUCUUAAUGAGUUAGAGCUACAUGAUGCAAAACUAAUAACAGAAGAAAUAGAAGAAGUUAAAGAUCUGAUUGAAAAGUAAACUAGUAGAAAUUAGCUAAACAAGGUUUCUGAAUCUAAAUAAAGACUUGCUAAGUUAGAUUAAGCCCAAGCAAAGUACAAGGAAUUACUAGCAUUAAAAGGAGAAACUCUACUUGAUUAAAAUUAAGUUAAAUAAUAAUAAUUAGGAGAAUAAUUGAAAGUUUUACUGUAAGAACUAGAUUUAGAAAAUGAAAGCUACAUUUAAUCUGAGAUCUAAGAUACACUUGAUUAAAUUGAAAAUUGUAAAAAGAGAAAUCAACAAAAUAAAUUACUUGAAAAAUAAGACACUCUUCAAAAACUGAGAUAAGCUGAAGAAAUUGUAAAAUAAUUAAAAGAUUUGAAGUAAUAAACUGAAGGUUCUUAAAAUUAAUCUUAAUAAUAAUAACUUGAAAGUUAAUUAAAUUAACUUCUUAAUGAAUUAGAGCUACAUGAAGCAAAACUAAUAACAGAAGAAAUAGAAGAAAUUAAAGAUCUGAUUGAAAAGUAAACUAGUAGAAAUUAGCUAAGUAAGGUAUCUGAAUCUAAAAUAAGACUUGCUAAGUUAGAAUAAGCCCAAGUAAAGUACAAUGAAUUACUAGCAUUAAAAGGAGAAACUGUACUUGAUUAAAAUUAAGUUAAAUAAUAAUAAUUAGAAGAAAAAUUGAAAACUUUACUGAAAGAACUAGAUUUAGAAAAUGAAAGCUACAUUUAAGCUGAGAUCUAAGAUACACUUGAUUAAAUUGAAAGUUGUCAAAAGAAAAAUUAACAAAAUAAAGUGCUUUAAAAAAAGGAAACUCUUGAUAAACUAAAAGAAGCAGAAAAAAUUGUUAAAGAAUUAAAUGAUUUGAAAUCAUAAACUGAAAAACCUUAAGAUCAAACUUAAUAAUAAUAACUUGAAAGUGAAUUAAAUUAAAUAUUUGAAGAUUUAGACAUACAUGAUGCAAAUAUAUUAUAAGAAGAAAUAAAUGAUGUUGAAAAUCAAAUUCAAAAGUAUCUGAGCAAAAACUAGUAAAACAAUGCCAAUUAAUCCAAAUUAAGACUUGAAAAGUUAAAAAAAGCAUCAGCAAUACAUAAGGAAUUACUAGAAUUGAAAGGAGAAACUAUAAUUGAUUAAAAUAAAGCUAAAUAGUAAUAAUUAGAUGAGAAAUUGAAUACUUUACUAUAAUAACUCGAUUUAAAAGAUGCUAGCCUAAUUUAAUCUGAGAUAAAAGAAGUAUUAGACGAAAUCGAAGUGUAUGAAAAGAGAAAUCAACAAAGUAAAGUACAAUAAAAAAAAGAAACUCUUCAAAAACUGAAAGAUGCUGAAAUAAUUGCAAAAGAAUUAAAAGAUUUGAUGAAUUAAAUAGAAGGCUCUUAAAAUGCAAAUUAAUCAUAAUAAUUUGAAAGUUAAUUAAAUUCAAUCCUUAAAGAAUUAGAUAUAAGUGAUGCAAAUUCAAUACAAGAUGAAAUUGAAGAUGCUGAAAAUCAAGUUCAAAAGUAUAUGAGCAAAAGUUAGUUAAACAAUGCCAAUUAAUCUAAAAUAAGAAUUGAAAAGCUGAAAGAAGCACAAAAAAUAUACAUUUAAUUAAAUAAUAAGAAUAAUGAAAAUCAAAUAGAAUAAUCAUAGCCUGAAGAUUCAAAUAAUAAUCAAACGGAAAUUAAGGAAAAUUAAUGUCAAGAUACUAAUCUCCCUAAAAAUCAACCUUUAGACAUAACAAAAAGGUAUAACAACUAUGAUGAUUUAAGAAAAGACAUCUCUUUAACCCCAGAAAGUAGUGAAAAAUACUUACUUGAAAUGAUAGAAAUUUGUUUAAGUUUGCAUCAAUAGGUAGAUACUCCUCAAACUGAUUCAGGAAACUAGUAACUUUUGACUUAGAAAGAAAAAAUCGAAAAGCGCUUGAAAGUUGAAGAAUUAAUAACUCCAGAAAUAAACUAAAAUUUACAAAAUAUAAAAUUAAACAUAGAUUAAGAUAAUUUUGAAGGUAUUAUUGAUGAAACAGAUAAGCUUAUUAAAAAGGUAAGACCUUUAAAUAUUCACGAAAUGAAAAGGUUGAUUCAUGAAGCAGAUAAAGCUGCUAAAGUUAUAGAAGGAUAAGACAUUAUUAUACUUUUAGGUGGAACAGGAGCAGGUAAAUCUACUACUAUUCACUUUUUAGCUGGCUCAGAGAUGGCUCAGAAAAGAAUCUAAAUACAAGAGGGUACUUUUUAUGAUUACAUAGGUCCUGUUAAAAUAAAGAAUAAGACACUUUAAAAAAUAAAAGUAGGAUUUUCAGCUACCUCUGAGACUCGUUUUAUUACACCUGUAAAUAUUAAUUUUAAAGACCUUAAUAUUCCUUCAAACGAUUCAAUUAUUUUAUGUGAUUCACCUGGUUUUGAUGACACUGCUGGACCAGAAGUAGAUAUAGCAAAUGGCUUAGGAAUUGUUAAAGCAAUAAAAAAAUGCAAGAGUGUGAGACCUGUAAUAUUACUAAGUUUCAAGAGUUAAGGUGAUAGAGGCUAAGGCAUUAAGCAAUUAGCUCACAUACUGGUAGGAUUUGUUGAAGAUAUUUAAGAUAAAUUAAGCUCCUUUUCUUAUUUAUUUUCAAAAUAUCCUAAAGAUUAUAAUAUUAAUUCUGAGUUAAUCAAUAUUAAAAAAAGUCUUGAUUCAAAUAUAGAAGAAAAAUCUGAUAAAGCUUUUGUUAGUCUAUUUGAAGACAUGAUUGAAAAAACUAAGAAAUCAUGUAACAAAAUAGAUCCUAUUAAAGGAAAUCCAGCUGAAAUUUUAAAAAGCCUAAUUAAACAGGAAGGAAUUUUAGAUCCUAGUUCCGUUUUCAAAUUUUCCAUAACAACUAAUUCUUAUUCUGCAAUUACUGAGUAUACAUAAAAAACACAAUAAACUAUAAUUUCUGCACUAAGUAGAAGUGAGUAUGAAUUAAUUAAUUUUAAGUUAGACGAACUAAAAUUUUUAAUGGACAUCUUAAGUUAAGAAUCUACAAAAUAAACUUAUGAGUAUUGUGUAAAUUAUAUUAAGGAUGUUAUCAAGAAAGAAUAUGAAAAUGCUACUGAGUAGCUAAAUUAAUAAAUAAACAACAACAACAAAUUAGAUACAAAUUAUCUAAGGUAAUAUUAAGAACUUAUUUAAAAGUUUUAAUAAAUAUAAAGCUUAAAAAACAAUCAUUUAGGUGCUCAUACUAGCAAUGCUAAUGAUUUAAUUGAUCAAUUAAAGUUUGCAAUUAAAAAGCUUGCUGAAGUUUUUGACCAAGAAAAUAUCAUUCAAACUUCAGUUUUAGUUAAUCUAGGUAAUAUUAAGCUGAUUUCUGAGUACUUUCCAGAAGUAAUGUAGUAAUAUAAUGAAGCGUGUUAAAAGAUAUAAAAAUAAAUUGAAGAUGUUUUUGCUUCUUGUAUUCAAGCAUUAAAAAACAAAAAUUUUGAUGAUCUAGCUCAAGCAAUUUAUAAAAUAACUCAAUAUCGAAAGCAAUUUAAAAAUCACUUAGAUGAUUAGCCUAUUUUGGAUCAAUUAGAAAGAAUCAAAGAUUAAUUUAAAACGAGAAUAGACUAAUCAGUUUAAGAAGUAAUUGAAAUUUUGAAAUUAUAAUUACUAAAAGACGAAGAUAUUAACAUUAUAAAUGAAUAAAUUUCAAUUAUCGAAAAUGCUGAAAAGAAUUUACUACUUGCUUAAAAUAUUAAUAUUGAUUAUGUUAAAAAUCAAAAAAACAAUCUUUUUAAAAAUUUAUUAGAAAAAUUUGAAAAGAUUAGCAAAAAGAUUGAAGAGAUUCUUAGAAAAGAACCAGAUUAGGCAUUUCUUUAAUUAAAAAACCUUGUAGAGGAGAUGGAUUAAUUUAGAAAAAUAAAUGGAAUAGAGAAUAGAACUGCUGAUACCUACUACAAAUCUAUCUAGGAAAUAUAGUCAUUAAUGCAAUAAAUUAAAAGAGAUGUAGAAUAACUUUUGAGUGAUUUCUAGCAUGAUAAGAAGAAAGUAGACUUCUAAAAGAUUUACCGUUGUUUAAAUCAAUUAAAAUGUGCUCAAUGGAUGAACGAUGUAAAUAAAGGAGCUUAUGAUUAAACUAUAACUCAUAUAUCAUAAGAGCUUUUGAAGUAUUCUUAAUUUGAAAUCAUUUAAAAACUAGGAGAAAUAGAUUUAAGCUAAAAGAAUUAUGGAAAUAUCUAAGUAGCUUCUGAAUUGAUUAAAGAAUUGGAAGCAAUGAUAUUGUUUGAAGAAUACAAUUCUAAAUUAACAGAGUUAAGAGAAAAUGCAUGCUCUAUGUUUAAAAAAUCAGUAUAAGUUGUCUUUAAUUAAGUAAAAGAAUUAAUAAAUGCAGCUAGUACUGGUGGUUAGCUUUUCUAAGUUAAAGAUAAGGAAGAAGAAAAAUAAGAAUUAGAAAAAUCAGAAUAAAAGGAAUAACAAUUAAAUAGAUAACGUUUAUUAGUAAAGCUUGAUGGAAGUAAAAUUGAAGAUUAUCUUAAUUAUAUUCGUGUUGCCUGCUAAAAUAAGUGGACAAGAGAUGACGCUAAUACUUUAUUGGAAUAAUUGAAAGAAUUUUUAGCAUUUUACAAAGAAUCCAAAAAUUAAUAAAUCCUUAAUCACUACGAGAAUAUCAUAGAUUUACAUGAAUAAGAUGAAAAAAAAAAGACUUAGAGUGCUUUAUAAUUAUCAGAACUUAUUCAAGAAUUAAUGAGCUUAUAAAAAUAUGAAGAGACUAGCUCGUUGAUUUAACCAAAUUAAUUGAUUCAAGAUUAAAAAAAUAGGAUGUAAUAGUAUUACAUAGAAUUGAGUCAUGAUAUGAGUUAACCUACGAUAGAUAAAUAAAAAUUAGCAAAAUCUAUUAUUAUAUCUAAACUAUUAAGUCAUACUGAUAAUAAAUUUGAAGAAAAUAAAUUUUUCAACCUCUACUAGUCUAAGCAAAAUGCUUUGAAUGAUGAAUUCAAAGAUAAUUACAAAAAAAUAUUACAAGCAAUAGAAAAAAAUGAUUUUGUUGCAGUUAAAACUGAAUUAAUGUAACUCGAUGAUAAUCCUGUAAAUUAGAAAGCUAUGAAUUAGAUAAAGGCAUAACUUUAAUAUCAAACUGAAACUUUGUUAGAAUAGGCUAAAUUAGAUGCAUUAGCACUUGGAAAUUAAAUUGAAAAAGAUAUUAUCAUGAAGAUAAUUAAAACUAUUGAAAUAAUUAAAAAAUCAAAGUCUUCUUUUAAAGAAUAUUUUGAAAAAAGUUUUUUGGAAACUAUUGAUACUGAAAUAGAAUCAAUAAUUUCAGAUAUUGAUCAAAAGAUUUCAAAAUUUUUAGAAAGCAUUACUGCACUUUUAAAGUAAUCUGACUUUUUUGAAGUUGAAGAAAAGAGAGAAUAUAUUACCUAAAUUUUAUAAUUAUUAGCUGCUCAUAGUAAAGAUAAAAAAAAUAAAGAUAAAUUAAAUUAAUUAUAGAGUGAUCUAGAAAAAAAAGUAGAAGAAAUAACAGCAACUAAAUAUGAAGAUGAAAAAGAUUUUAUAUUUCACCCUCCAAAAUAAAUUUUAGAAAAGCUCAGUAAGGUUAAAGGUAGAAACCUUAAAUAUGCAGAGUGCUAUACAAAUUUAUAGCAGAUACUUAUCAUUAAAGUAAGACAACAAAUAGUAGAUUAUUAAUCUUCAGAUUCAAGUCAACAAUCAUAACAAAUCUUAAAAGUUGAAACUCUCAUGAACUCAGUACCUGAAGAAUUAAAAUAAGCAUUAAAAGAUUAAUUUGAUACUUCUAAAUAAUAAAAUGAGUAGAGAAGGAAAGUCUUUGAAGAUUAAUUUAACGAACUUUAGUCAUGUGAAGAUUUAGACAGGAAAAAAGUAUUUUUAGAUGAGUGCAAAGCAUAAAAAAUGCAUAAUUUUGAAGAUAAGAUGAGAAAAUUAGUUUAAGAAGAAUGUUAAUCUAUACUUAGUAAAUUUUAAGAAGAUAUGGAAAGUGGUAAACCUAAAGAUGGAGUACAAAAAGCCAUUAAACUUUUAGAAUAUAAUAAACAUUUUGAAAAUGAUGAAAAAAUAAAAUCUUAAUUUGAGAAAGUAUCAAACACAAUAAAAGAAGAAAUGAAAAAUAAGGUGAAUAAUUUAAAAUGCAUAGAAAAGUUUGAGGACAACACUGAUUAAUAUGAGAAAGAGUAUGAAUUAUUCUUGAAUCUGUUGUAAACUAUUAAAGACUACAAGGAAUAAUUGUUAUCAAGUGAUUUUGAUAAAAUUUUACAGGAAUUUUGCUCAAUUCUACAAACCUUCUUUAUUGAUAUUUUCAAAAAUUUUGAUGAAGACUUAAAUAAUGAUAAAGUACAACAUAUCGAAAAAGAUCUUACAACAAUUAAAAAAUGGGAAAAUUUAGUUUAAAAGCUAAAAAAAGAUUUUUAAAAAGUAAAUAAUUUGAGUUCUUGCUUCGAAUAGUUACCAAAGGCUAUUGCCACUAUUUAAGAAAAAAGUGUAAGCUUUAAAGAAUGCAUGGAAAAACUUGCUAAUCGUUUAUUUGAUUCUAAAAACGAUAUUAUGAAGUUUAAUUUCAUUUAAGAUCUAAAUAAGGAUGAUUACUACAAAUAGAUAUAAAAAGGUUUAUAAACACUUAAAUAAGCACAAGAAGCCAAAAUUGACUUUAAAGAAACUAAAUUUGAACCUGAAUGCUAUGAAAAGGAAUGCAUUCCAACUAUAGUAAAGAAAAUUGAAGAAGAAGAAGAAAAAGUUUAUUAGGUAUUAAGAAAAGAAGACUCAUAGAUUUAAGAUAAGGAUUAUAAACAAAUUAAUCAGUUUUAUGAGAAUAUUGAGAGUUUAAAGAAUAAUGUUAACUAAUUUAUACCAGUUGAAAAACAUAUUGAUGAACUUAAUGAUAAAAUUGACUAGAGAAUAGAUAAAAUAGAAAAUAACAUUGAUUUAGAAAAUGUUGACAGUGUCGCUUAAAACAUUAUUCAAAUGAAAAAACACUCUGAAAAUUUACAUCCAUUUAAGAAAAAGAUUUCUGGAAAACUAGAUAAUUUUUUAAAAAAUAAAUAUUUUAAAGACAAAGAAUCUAAAUCUAUGAAAAUGGCUAAGUUAGCAGCUCAUUUAUAAGAUGAUGAAAAUGGAUAUGGCGCAGCUAUUAUAGAAGAAAGUGAAGUCUUUAAAGGAGUUUCUAUUUCAAUUUUUAACGAAAGUACAUAAAAGCAUGGUAUUGAUUAUGUAAUUGAAAACAUUAGAGGUGAUGAAAUAGAUAAAACAAAGCUCAAAGAACUGUAUAUGAAAUUUGAAAAAGAAUACUAAGAAAUAGUUACAAAAAAUUUAUUGUAUGUAGAGAAAAAUACUAAGACAGAUAAAGAGAUUAUUGAAGAUCUGGUGAUAAAAACUAAAUAGAUUACAAAUAAAAAAGUAGAAAUGAAGGAAGGAAAAAUUAAUUGGGAUAAUUCUUUGAGAUAAAAAUUACCAUCUUUGGUUGCUAAUUUAUUUGCAUUAUGGACUCUUUUGAAUACAUAAUACUUUAAAGAAGUAGCCGAUUUAGAAAAUAAACACAACUAUUUGUUAAAACCUCAUGCAGGAUAAGUUAUUUCUAUAUUCCGUUUGAUAGGGAUAGGAUAUAGUAAGGACAAUCUUUAUAAUAAUUUAGUAUAAUUAGGUACAGGAGAGGGUAAAUCAAUAAUAUUAGCUAUUACUUCUAUUACAUUCGCUUUAUUUGAUAUGGAUAUUUAUUGUGCUUGCUAUAGCGAGUAUCUUAGCCAACGUGAUUACAAUAGUUUUGUAUAAUUAUUUAACACACUUGGAGUCACCCCUAAUAUUAAAUAUGGUAUAUUUAAUAAAAUAUGUGAAUAAAUUAUAAAUGAGAAUGGAUAAGUUCGUGAUUUAGCUGUUAAUUAUAUUACUAAUGGUUUUUCUGGAAGAAGUAAAGGCCUUGACAAAGAUAAAUAAAGAAAACCAAAAAUUUUAUUGAUUGAUGAAGUAGAUGUUUUCUUUUCAUAAGAUUUUUAUGGUAAACUUUAUAAUCCCAUAGCACGUUUAUAAGAUUAAUGCAUUAUAGAUCUUGCUCAAUUUAUAUGGAAUAGAAGGAGUAACUAUCUUUCUCUUAAGGAAGUACAAGAAACUGAGUGUUACUAAUAGUGCAUUAGUAAAUUUAAAAAUUUGAAUUGCAUAAUCGAUGAAUCUAUAAAAGACAUGAUAUCAGAUUCUAGAAACUUCGAGCAUAAAUAUGUAGUCUAAAAUCUAUAAAUAGGUUACUAAGAAUAAGAUGGUAUAUCAUUUGAUAUCACUUAUGGCUAUAAAACAUUAUUUGCUUAUUUUUAUGAAUUAGAAUAAAAAAGAGUAAGUGAAAGUAAAUUAAAAGAAAAUACAUUUAUAAGCAUAAAAUGUGGCAGCUUUUCCUAUUCCGAAAUUCCAUUUAAAUUUGAUUGUAUUGUGGGAGUAACAGGUACAUUAGAAACUUUGAGUGUACCAGAAAAAAACAUAGUUUAAAAAAUAUAUAAUAUAACUAAGGAUACUUAUAUUCCAAGUGUUUUUGGAAAAAAUAACCGUAAAUUCGCAGAAAAAGAUGAUACACAUGUUGAAGAUGAAGAUGAUUAUUUUAAGGUACUUAGAAACGAAAUUGAGAGAAAUCUAAACAGAAAUGGUUCUGACAAAAAUCUAAGAUCCGUUUUGGUUUUCUUUGAAUCAAAAUAGAAGCUAAUUAAUUUCUACUAGUCUGAUUAAAUGAAAGACAUUAAGAUGGAUGUUGAAAUUAUUACAGAAGAAGUAUCAACUAAUAAUGAUAAAAAAUAACAAUUAAUUAAGAAAGCUACUGUUUCUGGGUAAAUAACUCUCCUAACUUCUUCAUUUGGACGUGGAACAGAUUUUAUUUGUCGUGACUAAAAAGUGUUAAAUAGUGGAGGAGUACAUGUUAUUUAAACAUUUUAUUCAAGUAAGAAAUCUGAAGAGGUUUAAAUUAUGGGCAGAAGUGCUAGGUAGGGAUAAGUUGGAUCUUAUAGUUUGGUUCUUUUGGAUUAAGAGCUAUAAAGGGUUAUAGGACCUGGAUAUGAAUAAGCACUAAAAGACAUGAGAGAUAAUAAUAACCACUACAAAAAACUAGGUGAAUAUCGUAAACUAAGAGAGGAUUAAGAAUAUGAUAAUAGAAACAAAUUUAUUGAACAAAUAAAGAAAGAUCAUGAGGAGGGAUAAAAAUUUGUAUAGGCCAUGUUAGAACAGGAUGAAAAAUUUAUUAAAGAGUUCUUAGCAAGCAAAAAUAAAGGUACAAAUGAAAUACCUAAUCUAAUUCGUAUUCUUUGUUUAGUUGAUGGCACAGGGUCUAUGGGACCUUUAUUAAAUAAAGCUAAAACAACAGUAAGUGAAAUGUUCGAAAGAUCUUGUAAAAUUAUCAAAAAUACUAAAAAAAAUAUUCCAGAGGAUUGUUUCAAGCUGUAAUUUGCAGUUUAUAGGGAUUACGAUCAAAAAGAAGGUGUUCUACAAGCUUCUCCAUGGGAAUCAAAAGUUGAUAAUUUACGCUUAUUUUUAGAUACAGUAAAGCCUGCAGGAGGAGGAGAUUAUGAAGAAGCAGUUGAAAUAGGUUUUUAACAUGCAAAUUAAGAAAAUUAAAAUUAAGAAAUAGCAGCAAUAAUUUUGCUUGCAGAUGCUCCUUCAAAAAGUAUGUCUUCAAUUAAAUAAUAUAGAGAAAAAUAUGGAGGAGAAAGCUAUUGGAAAACAACAAAAUAUUCAGAGAUAACUGACUACAAAAAAGAAAUGUAAAAACUAAAAGCAGCUAAUAUUCCUAUACAUAGCUUCUAUUUGGAUGAAGGAGCAAAAAGUAACUUUGAAGAAAUUUCUGCAUUUACUAAUGGAAAAUGUGAAGGCUUAAAUAUUGACUCUAAUGAUGCCACAGAUAAAUUGAUUUAAAUAGUUGUUGAACCAAUUCUUAAAAAUGUAGGUAAAUAAAAUGGAUUAGGAGAUGAUUUAUAUCAAGAAUAUCUAAAAUUGUUUGCUAAAAGCUAUAAAUGA